AUGAUUCAGGGCAUCUUUUACGCGCGCUUUUUCCCGCAAGAGGGCCCCAAGAUCGUCGCCCAGUCGCCCCCGGGAUGCAUCACGGCCUCGGACGCCUCUGCGCGCCCGCCGCUCAUCGACUUCGACGUCCUGCAAGAGUACAUCAUCCCCCGGCAGGCCUUUUGCAACCGCUUCGUCACCAUCAAUACCCCCGACGGCAAGUACACCAUCCUCGGGCAGCCCGUCGUCAUCCCCCACGCGAAGUACCAGCGCAACGAGUUCAUCUUCAACUUUGGCCUGCUCAUCGAGGCCGACGCCGACCACACCCCCUUUGAGCAUGUCGUGCGAUGCCUCGCCGUCACCUUUUCCGAGAUGGAGAAGCAGAACGAGUACCUGAGCCGCGGCGAGGGCAAGGCGCUCCACCACCAUCGGCCCAACGACGAUGACGAGGCGAGGCGACCUAUUGAGAGCCUGCUCGAGAUUGUCAAGGAGGACCUCAACAACUAUGGCGAGUGCAUGAUUCCAGUCGACGAAGCCAACACCAUCAACAUGAAGCUCUUCCCUCACCACCCCAACCCCCCCGUCGUCCAAGGCUGGCACGUCCCCGUCGCCAAGACAAAGUUCUCCGAAAUCGUCGACCCGACCUGGGACCUGACGCUGCAAAAGGUCGUCACCAAGAUCGACGGCGUGUCCGACGUCCGGCGCAUCGCCCACGACGCCGGCGUCUCCCUCGACCUCGCCAAGACGGCCCUCCGCCACCUCCUCUUCUACGACACCAUCCUCCUCCUCGACAUGUUCUUCUUCGCCUCGUGCUACGCGCCCCGCCCCGGCAUCCACGACUUCAUCCACAACGUCGACGGCAUGGUCGACGAGUGCGCCGGCUACGUCUCGCACGGCCGCGUCCGCGUCGCAAAUUACCACCUCAUCAAGCUCAUGACGACGCUCUCCCCGGGCAAGAGCAUUCGCGAGUGGAUCCACGCCCACCAGGAAAACGGCUUUGAUGUGCUGACGUACGUCGACGUGCGCCGCUUCGUUCAGUUUGGUGUCAUAAAGGGAUGCCUCUACCGCGUCCACAAGUACAUCAUGUCCAAGCAGUACCUCGCCGCGCUCGUCACCGGCCACAGCAGGCCCGUGCCCGGAGGCGACUCCCUGCAAAAGUACACAGAUGGGAACCAUCACUUUGACCAAAUCAUGACGGAGAGGAACCUGACCGACGGGGAGAUUAUGGACAAGCUCAAGGUUCUGCCGGUGCCCAAGGGUGAUCUCACCGUAUUCUACAGAUGA